AUGGCAGCUGCAACAUCACCCAAAGGCCCAUACAAACUCGUCACCGUCAACACAGCUCCGGAGAGGGCAAAACGACUCGUGGGGAAGAUGAUUGAAGGGCUCAGCGAUCGAUAUCAAGUCAUUCACGAAGCCAAUUGCUCUCAGAUCGACGAGGUCCACGAAACAGUGUCCAGAAUCCAGCCCAAUGUACUGUUCUGUGCAUCCAUGUGGACGCCGGAAGAAGCAGAACAGAUUCAGUCCCUGGCGAGAGAUGCCAACCCGAGCAUUGUUACGUAUGCCUUGCCGCAAGGCCUGCAAGUGCAAAGAGGGCCAGAUGCGGUGGUAGAGCAUUUGAUUGAGAAUGUGCCGAGACUGCUCGACUCUGCGAAGGCCUAG